AUGUUGGUUAAUAAUUUGUGUGAAAGUUUUAAUGGUCAUAUCCUUGAAGUUAGGCAGCAGUCAAUUAUCACAAUGUUAGAAUCCAUUAGGGUAUUUCUGAUGGAGAGAAUACAGAGAAGGACAACUGCAAUGGAGAAGUUUGAAUUGUCCAUUGGUCCACUAAUUAAAAAAAUAAUUGAUGAUAGAGUGAUAGAAUCAAGGCAGUGGAGAACCAUUUGGAAUGCUGUGGAUGGAUACCAGGUUAGGGGACCAAGGGGGGCCCAGUUUGCUGUUUAUUUAAAGAAAAAAUUGUGCACAUGCAAACUGUGGGAUCUAUCAGGUAUUCCUUGCUGUCAUGCUAUUGCAGCAAUUCACAGAAAUAAUGGCGACCCCUAUAAAGAGGUGUAUGACUGCUACAACAGAGAUCUGUUUCUAAAAAUUUAUCAAAAUGUUUUGUAUCCUAUCAAUGGACAAGUAAUGUGGCCUGAAGCUGAUGGGGUGGAUCUUGAUCCACCAGAAAGGAUAGUGCAACCUGGCAGACCUAAGAAGGUCAGGAGAAGAGAUCCUACUGAAACUCAAAAGACUGGAAAUAGGUUGCGGAGAAAGAUAGUCAUCCAUUGCAGAAAAUGUGGUGUUGCCGGCCAUAAUGCAGCUGGUUGCAAGCGAGGAGCAGGAGCAGAACCAACAGCAGCAGCGUGUUUCUAA